AUGAGCGUUGUGGAAAAGGUGGAAGAUCCGCGAUGGAAAAUAAGAGAGAAGUGUUCAGAUUGCAUCAGAGGGCCCAACUUGAUAAAAACUCUUGUGGUUAUAGGAUGCGUAGGAGUUGUUCUACAGCAGAUCAUUGCAAGUAUACAGAAGAUGAUCGACAUUCCUAUCACCACCUACACCCACUUCGAUUUCAACAAGACCCUGGACUACCCCAGCAUCACACUCUGCAAGGACCCGCCAUACAAUUAUGAUAAGAUGAUUGAUUACCAACUGUAUGGUCACCCAUCGUUUCAAGAAGAAUGGAAAAAUUUUGAUUUUGAGAACAAUGACCUGGACGAAGUGUGGGACAAUAUCACGUUUAAUGCGAACGAAAUAUUCGUGCAGUACGCUCUCGACAGAUUCAGGCAUAAUGUGGAUGUAACACCCGUAAUAGGUUUCGCAUUGGGUCGUUGUUAUACUUUGUCUCCAAAAAGCGAUAUUAAGCAUAUGUCCCAGGCGACAGGGUACUCCGUAACCAUGCGACACACUGCCCGCGAUAUGGAGACUACUGUCAGUAUCAUACCUCCAGGGUACCACGUCUACAUACACUAUACGAGGGAGCCUUUUACCGAAGUAAAGGUGUACAACGGUGGGAUGGUGGAGUACUUGUACUUGAACGUGGGAGAGACCCUGAGGGUGAAGGUGACGGUGGAUGAGUACAAGAUGAUCAGCAGGAGCGAUGACCCUUGCACCAAUAGGCUCAAUUACAGCGCUAAUGAGUGUACCACCAGAUAUAUUUGGAACCUUGCAACUGAAGAAGUUGGGUGUUCAGGUCCGUGGAUUGACAGUACAUUGCCCCGCUGUAGCAACCACACUAGUAUGACGCGCCUUAUCAUUAAGUAUAGGAGUAUCUACGAAUCACACAAUUACUCGUCUUGCCCUCGUAUCUGUCGAUCACUUCUAUACAACGGCUUCGUGACGGACAGACAGAAAUAUUACUUUUGGGACAGUAGUAACAAGUUGUGGUCGGCGACCAAUGGUGCUGCAGCUUUGGAGACAAAUUUAUACGUCAAUUUCAACAGCAUGAUGGUCUCCGUGUAUGAGGAGCGCUACAAUUAUGACUGGAACCUGUUCGUCUCUGACCUUGGAGGCAGUAUUGGCUUUCUUCUCGGUCUUUCCGUGAUAGGUCUGAUGCAGAUCUGCGGUAAGACGUGGCGUUAUUUCAUAAAGCCGUUAAUUAAAUGUGACAAGAAGUCUACUUCUGUCAGCAUCACGUCUGCCACAACAGCCGAUGUGAAGACCAUCAGGCAAGAGUACAUUGAUACCUGGAAUGAUAACAAUACAAGUAAUAAGACUUAA